AUGGCUCUGGCAGUCGCCGAAACGACGCAAAAUGAGACAUUCGCCCGAUCGGACUCCCCGACGUCAGGACCAUCGGAUCAGUUGAGUACACAUGACUUGGAUCGCCACAUUGAAAAACUGAUGAGAUGCGAGCUCAUCGCCGAACAAGACGUCAAAACGUUGUGCGCCAAAGCCCGAGAGAUAUUAGCAGAGGAGGGAAACGUGCAAGUCAUCGAUUCACCUGUAACGAUUUGCGGCGACAUCCACGGCCAAUUCUACGACUUAAUGGAACUGUUUAAAGUGGGCGGUCCGGUGCCGAACACCAACUAUCUGUUCCUCGGAGAUUUCGUCGAUCGGGGAUUUUAUUCGGUUGAGACAUUUCUCCUGCUACUCGCUCUGAAAGCCCGUUACCCGGAUCGGAUGAUGCUAAUCCGUGGAAAUCAUGAAUCCCGUCAGAUUACUCAAGUCUAUGGAUUCUAUGAUGAAUGCCUUCGGAAGUACGGUAACGCCUCCGUCUGGAAGCACUGCACUGAAGUUUUCGACUAUUUGGCGCUGGCCGCCGUCAUUGAUGGAAAGGUUUUCUGUGUGCACGGAGGAUUGUCGCCGUCGAUCAGUACGAUGGAUCAGAUUCGGGUUAUUGAUAGGAAGCAGGAGGUGCCACACGACGGCCCAAUGUGUGAUCUACUGUGGUCUGAUCCAGAAGAAGGGAAUGUCGGUUGGGGAUUGAGUCCACGUGGAGCCGGAUAUCUAUUCGGGGCAGACGCUUCUAAGACAUUCUGCGAAACGAAUGGAGUUGAUCUGAUUUGUCGAGCACAUCAAUUGGUUAUGGAGGGAUAUAAAUGGCAUUUUAAUGAGAAAGUACUCACCGUUUGGUCGGCGCCCAAUUAUUGUUAUCGAUGCGGAAACGUGGCGGCGAUUCUGGAGCUCGACGAGAAUCUCAACAAGGAAUUCACCAUUUUCGAGGCGGCACCACAGGAGAGUCGUGGCGCCCCGGCCAAGAAGCCACAUGCCGACUAUUUCCUUUGA